UCAGAGAUCAAAAUUCAAAAUAAUUGUGUUAUUGAUUCUUAGAUUAGAAAUUAGAAUAUUAGAUUUGGUACGCCGCUUGCCAGCUGCCAGGCAGUCUGCAGUUAAAAAAGUCUAAAUAGUUACUUAUACUUAAUUUGUUUCCAUCAAUAAUUGCUAUAAAGUAAAAACUAAAUAUUAUAUAAACCCAAAUACUUACUUUUUUAGCGCUAUUGGUUAUUUAAAUAAAUGUUUGUAAAAAAAAGUAAUAAAUUGAUUCAACUGUGAUUUGAACUGUGUUAUAUUUUUUUAAUAAUAAUUAUAAUUUAUUAAUAUUAUAUACAUUUAAAGUUAUGGCUCCUCGUGGUAAAAAAGUUGCUGAUAAAAAAAAAGAAUCUGAAUUAGCAGAUGAUGACCGUCUAUUUAUUUUACCAGAUAAAUUACUUAAUAAUCAAAAUGGAGAUGCACGUUUUAUUAAACUGCGACAUCCUCAAACUGGUGACUUGUCAAUCUUCCUGUACUCUGAACAAGAUAAAGUUCUAUCACAAAUAAGAUCAUUACCUCUCAGCCAUAGAUCAUUUUUUAAAGGCGACGAGGUCAUUCCAAUUAAUAAAAUUGAUUUUGUCUCACCAGUCGAUCCAUUGUUUCUUAUUCUACCAUAUUUAAUCAAAUCAUCUUCGAUGUUUAGUCCAUUGGAUCAAAUCUUAAUAGAUGAAGAACUUCCGGAACUAAAUACUUUAUUAAUGAACCUAUCUAAAAUAGCCAAUGUCAAAAGCAUUAUCAAUAAAAAAGAAUGUGGAGACUUAGAGCUGUGGCAAUUAAAUGAAAAUAACAUGAUGAAAUUGCUAAACAACAAGGUGGAAAAAGUAGCAAAAGUGUUGAUCGAUAAACAAAUUAAUGUCAAUCCUAAUGCUGCAGUUUCAACAACAUUUAAAUUAAGUGUAAAUUUGCAAGCUACCGAAGAACAGUAUAAAAGAUAUGCAUUCAGUAUAGUUUCUGAGUAUUUACCUGUUAGUGUUCAAACGGCAUUAUUAGGUUAUCUUGGCUUACCAGAAAAAGUAGAAAAUAACAAACGAAAAGCUGAUGAUAGUAAAACUGCAGAGAACAAAAAAGUCAAGCAUAGUGAACCCGAGUAUAGUGAAAAAACUUAUAAAGUUGAAAAAGUUGUUACACCUAAGCAAACAGCAAAAGACAAAGCACUCCAAAAAGCUGCUUCAGACUAUUGCUUUGAGCAAGUUUAGUAUCAAGGAGUCAAUUUUACAAGCGAGGAGCUAGUAAUAUCUAUUUGCUACAAGUUUACUCAACACUCACUUCACUUGAAGAUUAAUGACUGUUCUGCUAUUCUUGAUAUUGGCUAGAUAUUUUAUUAGCAUCUAGUAAAAUUGCUGAUUGUAAUAUUUUUCCAACAUAAGGUUUUGAAAGUGGGUAAUAGUCUAAUAGACAUUUGUUAAGACAGUUGGAACAUGCUUACUCACCAGCGAGAAGCUAGCAAAUUCGCAGUGUAAAAAAUGGGUCUGAUUUUAUAGUAUUUUUAGUGAUAGUUUAGCUUUAAUAAAAUAGUACACCUGUUGGGAAGGAGACAUUGGUGAAACUAGAAGGGGAGAGGUUAAAGAAGUUCAGACAGUUUGAUAAAAAUUAAAAACUGUAUUUCGGAGCUAUGCCUGAUUAGAUGUUUACGUUUCUUAAGAGCCUGAAGAAGCUUUAAAAAAUUUGAACUUCAAGCCACUCCCACUAGAAUGGGGGGGGGGGCAUUCUAGUUGCAACAAUGUUGGGAAUUUACCAAUUCAGAAGUUACAGCU